AUGGCUUUGUGGGUAAUAGAGUUGAGCGAAUUUGACAUCCAGUACUGCCCGUGGAUGGCCAUAGAAGGGCAGGCAGUAGCUGACUUCAUCACCGGGUUCACUCUUGGGGAAGGCCAUAUGGAGGAAGAGAAAGAACAAUGGAAAGUGGGACUCACGAGCUACCGGGUGGAGUGCUACGACAAGGAUAAGAACAAAGAGGCUAUACGCCUACAACUCGACCUAGUGGACGAAGUCAGGGCGGCAACAGAGCAAAGUUUGGCGCAUUAUCAGAAUCUCAUGGCAAAACACUACAACAACAAGGUGAGGCAUAGAGACUUCCGAGUCGGGGAUCUUGUAUUGCGGAGAGUAAUGGGUGCCGCUAAAGAUCCUUCACAAGGAAAACUCGGCCCCAACUGGGAAGGACCUUAUAGGAUCGCGUCAUGGCAAAGAAAGGGAACCUACCACCUCGAGACAAUGGACGGGCAAAAGCUACAACACCCUUGGAACACGGAGCAUCUACGGAAAUACUACCAAUAG